GGAGACCGAUCAGCCGUUCGGCGGCAUUGCAAGGUAAAGAGCGCGCACCGUAGCGACGAAUCAGUUGGGAGAGCGUUUAAGCAUAAUUUGAAGCUGCUGUCGCCUUGAUUGCAGCGUUGGACUUGAAACUCGGAAGCUCGGUCGAAGCUUUGUUGUGGCGUCCACGGUCUACUCACUAUCAGUCGUGGCCACAGCUGUGACGGUUGAACAAGCAACGCUCGGCGAACGGAGCUCGAUCAGUGCCCAGCGAUUAGCGUGCAAAGCAAACAACAACGGAUCACGCUGCUGAUUGACAAAGCAAAAGUGAAAAACAAAUAAAAAAAGCAAAAUAAUAAACCGAUAAUUUAAUAAGCAGACAGCAAAAACAAAAAUGUAUGAAAAAGUGUAGUGAAGAGCAGCAAACAAAAUAAUCGCACUUAAAUUUAGUUAAAGUAGGAAGCAAUAUAGCGUGUUUUUCGGGCUUCGGUUAUUUGUAGACAACACCGAAGCGUACACAAACAAACGAAUAUCCAGUGGAAAUACCAGUCUGAGUGUGGAUUUGAGUUUUCGCUUGGGCGCACACGACGCACGUGUUGAUGUCGCGGAUGUGAUAAAAGCGCGCAGCCCAAACAGUUGGUGUACACGACAUUCUCAAGCUUCUGGGAAAUUCUCUAAAGCGUGCCAAAUUUGAAAAAAAAAAUCAAAAAUAUAAAAUCCGUUUUUGUGCUGCGCACCAAGUGUGCCUUGUGCCUUGAAUACUCUGCCUAAUUUAUUGCUGUGACAAAGCGUACUGCGCUGAAUCAGAAGUCUAAAAAUGUUCCACACAACUUCUUGGUGCUCGCGGCCGGCUUUGCCGCUUUUGUUCUUCACUUAUUUGUUUCUGAUAGUUAGCCCCAUUGCUGGCUUUACUUACGAUUAUCGCGCAAAUCGACAAAAACGCUCGCCCAAUGAAGCUAAGAAGGUAACAAAAGAUUUCGAAGCGAAUUUGGAUCGAAUUUUUAAAAUUGGUAGUGAUACGGGACUUGUACUUUUCAACGACACAUCGCAACCGGCACAAACAGAUGUUAUGUUUAAAGUGCAAAGAUCACCCGACGGCAAACUGAACGUGAUUUUUAACGAUUUUCUCAUUUUCCAGACGACAACUGCAGGUACACCCACCAAUAACAACAACAAUAAUAACCAAAAUACACAACACAACAAUCGCAAUAACGACGCGAUUAUCUUUUCCGAUGAUGGGUAUCUCUGCGGAGAACGGCUAAAGGGGAAACCCUAUUGUUUGGAGGUGCCAAAUUACUUGGAGUCUUCGCGGUUGGAUAAAAUUGAUGAGAACAAUUUUGAGAAAUUCAAAUCAUAUUUCAAAGACGAUGUCGUGCCACCGCCAGACAUAACGCAACGUAUGAACUCGGACCCGCAGGAGGAGUACUAUUGCUCCAGCAGAUCGCAUUUAAUAUAUCCGAAAUCCGCGGAAACGAUGGAAUCCAAAUGGCUGUUGGUCGUGCAACACGAGAACCACAAGCAGGGUAUUUUAGUGGAACAGUGCGACGAAGAGGACACGCCCUGCCGAUUUCACGAGCUACUGCCGAAAUUCUACACAUCGCGUUGUAAGCAGAAUUACAUCUAUAGAACCAUGGUUGUGUCGGUCGACGGCAAGUUGCGGGAGGAACAAGUAAAAAUGCCCAGUUGCUGCAAAUGUGUGUUGCGUUACAGUCAAAAUUGAGUCUAAAAGCUCUGCAAUGCAUACACACAUACCUAUACAUGUAUGUAUGUGAAAUCUGAGUUCAGAGCGUUGCACAUGGCUAUAUGAGCGCUGGAAUUAGUUAACGCGCUUCAAGCGGGCUUUAUGUUUUCCCUGGUGAAUCUAGAAUACGUAAAAUAUAAUUCACAGUGCCAAUAACUAUUGUAAAUUACAUAAGUUUGUAAGUAGGAACGAAAAAAAUUGUAUAGCGACAAAAUGAUGCACUUCAAUAUUAUAUUUAAUAGCUCAUAGGCAUUAGUUACUGUUUUUAUAUUUUAUUUAAAUUGAAAACAAAAACAAAACUACAA